UCUACUUUUAAUUCGGUUUAUCAGGUCUAAAAUUAGCUUCUCGGAUGUUUUUUCCGUCUGUGUGGCUCCUCAGGAGGAUUCAGGACGCAGGAUUUACAGCUUAAAUAUCUCUAAAUCUCCGGCUAAACAAGGUCAUGUCAAUCGCAUUAGCUUUAGCAAGAUGUCGGUGGUUCAAUCACAAAUGGCGCCAUGUUCCCUACGCAAGUGCACUACUACUCUACUAUGGCGUAAUGGCGUCCGCGCAGUAUGAAGUGCACUACUUAGUGUACUAGAAAGGAAUUUGGGAUUCGGCCUGCGUUUAAUCGUAGUUGAGAUAGCUUCAUUCAAAUUAGCGAACGCACAAAAAUGGAGUGGGCAAGCCAGUUAUGUGAAAACAGAGGCUUAGGAUCCAAGAUGACCGACUCGAAAUAUUUCACCACCACCAAGAAAGGGGAGAUCUUUGAGCUGAAGGCUGAGCUGAACAGUGAUAAGAAGGAGAAGAAGAAGGAGGCAGUGAAGAAGGUGAUCGCCUCCAUGACAGUGGGUAAAGAUGUCAGCGCGCUGUUUCCCGACGUGGUGAACUGCAUGCAGACGGACAACCUGGAGCUGAAGAAGCUGGUCUACCUGUACCUGAUGAACUACGCCAAGAGCCAGCCCGACAUGGCCAUCAUGGCCGUCAACACCUUCGUCAAGGACUGCGAGGACCCGAACCCUCUGAUCCGAGCGCUGGCCGUGCGCACCAUGGGCUGCAUCCGCGUGGACAAGAUCACGGAGUACCUGUGUGAACCUCUGCGCAAGUGCCUGAAGGACGAGGAUCCCUACGUGAGGAAGACGGCGGCCGUGUGUGUGGCGAAGCUCCACGACAUCAACGCCCAGCUGGUGGAGGAUCAGGGCUUCCUGGACACGCUGAAGGACCUGAUCUCUGACUCCAACCCCAUGGUGGUGGCGAACGCUGUAGCCGCUCUGUCGGAGAUCGCCGAGUCGCAUCCCAACAGUAACCUUCUGGACCUGAACCCUCAGACCAUCAACAAGCUGCUGACGGCGCUGAACGAGUGCACCGAGUGGGGACAGAUCUUCAUCCUGGACUGUCUGGCCAACUACACGCCCCGCGACGACCGCGAGUCCCAGAGUAUCUGCGAGAGAGUGACCCCCCGGCUGUCUCACGCUAACUCCGCCGUGGUCCUGUCGGCCGUCAAGGUGCUCAUGAAGUUCAUGGAGAUGCUCCCGAAAGACCUGGACUAUUACGGGACCCUGCUGAAGAAGCUGGCUCCUCCUCUGGUCACUCUGCUCUCCGCAGAACCCGAGCUGCAGUACGUGGCUCUGAGGAACAUCAACCUCAUCGUCCAGAAACGGCCCGAGGUCCUGAAGCACGAGAUGAAGGUGUUCUUUGUGAAAUAUAACGACCCGAUAUACGUCAAACUGGAGAAGCUAGACAUCAUGAUCCGCCUGGCCUCUCAGGCCAACAUCGCACAGGUGCUGGCCGAGCUGAAGGAAUACGCCACCGAAGUGGACGUGGACUUCGUCCGCAAAGCCGUCCGCGCCAUCGGCCGCUGUGCCAUCAAAGUAGAGCAAUCGGCCGAGCGCUGCGUCAGCACCCUGCUGGACCUCAUUCAGACCAAAGUCAACUACGUGGUGCAGGAAGCCAUCGUCGUCAUCAAGGACAUUUUCCGCAAGUACCCUAACAAGUACGAGAGUGUGAUUGCCACCCUGUGUGAGAACCUGGACUCUCUGGAUGAACCGGAGGCGAGAGCAGCGAUGAUCUGGAUCGUGGGAGAAUACGCCGAGAGGAUCGACAACGCAGACGAGCUGCUCGAGAGCUUCCUGGAAGGGUUCCAUGAUGAGAGCACACAGGUGCAGCUGCAGCUCCUCACUGCCAUCGUCAAACUGUUCCUCAAGAAGCCCACUGAGACCCAGGAGCUCGUCCAGCAAGUACUGAGCCUGGCCACACAGGACUCGGAUAACCCGGACCUGCGUGACCGCGGAUACAUCUACUGGCGCCUGCUGUCCACCGACCCGGUGGCGGCGAAGGAGGUGGUGCUGGCCGAGAAGCCUCUGAUCUCGGAGGAGACGGAUCUGAUCGAGCCCACGCUGCUGGACGAGCUCAUCUGCCACAUCGGCACGCUGGCCUCCGUCUACCACAAACCGCCCAGCGCUUUCGUCGAGGGCAGCCGAGGAGUGCAGCACAAACGCCUUCCUGCCCGCACCGGCUCUGGUGAGAGCGCUGAAAGCCCGGAUGUCGGCCAGUCAGUGGGCGGAGUCUCCGAUGCUCCGCCCGCUGUCAUUCCAUCCCAGGGUGAUCUCCUGGGUGACCUGCUUAACCUGGACCUGGCUCCGCCCACCACUACCGUGCCCUCCGUGCCCCCUGCCAUGCAGAUGGGGGCCGUCGACCUGCUGGGUGGAGGACUGGACAGUCUGAUGGGAGACGAAUCGGAAACGCUGGGUGGAGACAUCGGCGGCAGUCCCGCGGUGGGCGUGGGUCUCGGGGGCGCUCCUGUGGGAAUGGCGGCGGGUCUUGGCGGUGCCCCGGCUGUCGGAGGCGGUCUUGGCGACCUGUUUGAUCUGGGUGGAGGUGUCGGCAUGGCAACAGGAGCCUACGUGCCGUCCAAAGCGGUGUGGCUGCCGGCGAUGAAGGCUAAAGGGCUGGAGAUCUCGGGAACGUUCGCUCGGCGUGGUGGUGCGAUCCACAUGGACGUGUCUCUCACCAACAAGGCCAUGAGCGUCAUGACCGACUUCGCCAUCCAGUUCAACAAGAACAGUUUCGGAUUGGCUCCCGCUGCUCCUCUGCAGGUCCUGACUCCUCUCAGCCCCAAUCAGACGGUGGAGGUGAGCCUCCCGCUCAGCACCAACGGCCCGGUCAUGAAGAUGGAACCUCUGAACAACCUCCAGGUAGCGGUGAAGAAUAAUAUUGACGUGUUCUACUUCAGCUGCCAGUACCCCAUCAGCAUGCUGUUUGUCGAGGAUGGGAGGAUGGAUCGUCAGUUGUUCCUGGGUACCUGGAAGGACAUUCCCAGUGACAGUGAGACUCAGUUUCAGAUAAAAGACUGUCACCUCAGUGCAGACGCCGUCUGUAACAAGCUGCAGGGCAGCAACGUGUUCACUGUGGCCCGACGCACAGCCGACGCCCAGGAGCUCCUCUACCUGUCCCUCAAACUGACCAACAGCAUCUGGGUGCUCGCCGAGCUGCGCGUACAGAGCGCCAACCCCAACCACACGCUGUCAGUGAGGUGCCGUGCCCCGGAGGUCUCUCAGUACGUCUGUCAGAGCUUUGAGCUGAUCCUCCGGAACUGAACCUCGGAGUCGGAGUCGGACUGGAAGCUGAGUCUGGACCGGAACCACCCCAACACCUCCCUCUCUCUCCUCUGUCUCUCAGCCACAGACCCGUCAGGCUGAACUGCUUUUAAUCCGUCCUCUCCUCCUCCUCUUCCUCCUCUCCCUCCUCUUCCUCUCUGCAUUCAUUACAACACAUCUACAAUCUGUUUCAUUUUUAAUUUAAACAAACGCAGCGCUUGUCAGAGAGACGGCUCUGAGUUUAAACAGAUGAUUCUGGUGGUGGGGACUUUAUUCAUGUGUGUACUACUCAAUUAUAGAUUUGUAUUUUGGUGUGUGUGUGUGUGUGUGUGUGUGUGUGUGUGUUGCCUGCAUCUCUUGUGUAUUAUUCACGUAGCAAGCCGCUCUCGUUAAACGUCCUUAAAUCCCUCUGCGUUUUCAUCCUGAAUGUUAAAAAGGGCUUCGUUUCUCAUAUUUAAAAAAAAAAACAAAAAAAAAAACAAAAAUACUAAACACUUCAGACGUGUUCAAUCAGCCAAUCUCGUCUCAAGUUCGCUUCUAAGGCUAACGUAGCUAACACGUCCUGCAAGCCUGUAGCUACCAGUUUAGCAUUUCUAAAUCACAGACUCCCCUCAGGAGGCGUUAGUUAGUCCACUAACACUAUUAAACAUCUUCACGAUCAAUCUGCACGGGAAUAAGGUUCUUACGAAGACUCGAGCGUUCUAAUACUGCUCUACGAAUCGACCGAUAACGAACACGCCCACUAACUACAACUCAAUCCCGCCUUCGCCCCUGUAGGCCACGCCUCUUUCCUGACUGAUGAAAGAACGCGCUCGCGUGUAACAUGCUGAACCCGAGGCUAUACGCUUCCACUCGCUGUUAGCUACGUUAGCCUCGUAGUCCUGGUGCAACACUAAAGAAGCAGAUUUCACACUCUGGACCCGUCACGGCUGAGUACAAUCGAGCUAACGCGGAAAAUUUACGGUUCGGAAAAAGACAAGUGCACCGAAGUGGAGACUCGUUUUUUUUUUUUGGGGGUUAAACUGUUCCAUCUGUGUUUUUUUUUUUCUCGAGAGAGAGCUAUGUGCAGCAUGCAGCUGGAGACGCGAGCUAAUUAGCGACGAUGGCUUUAUUAUUUUUUUUAAAAGAGAUCAUUCCAUCUGUGUGUGUUUGUGUGUGUGUGUGUGUGUGUUUCUCUCUUUAUUAUUAUAUCUGAUUGGAUUGAGGACAGACGCUAGGAAGUGUGUUUUUGCGUGUUCCGAGUUUUAAUAGCUGUAAGAGUAAAAGCCUGCCAGAUUCUUAUCCUCAUCCGACUGUGUGUUUUUUUUUUUCUUCUCUUAUCUCUCUGCUUUAUUAUGAACACAUGGCAGAAGUGCUUUGUUUUUUUUUCUUCUUCCCCACACUGCACACGUUUGCUCUUCAAAUUAAAGUCUUAACCGCAGGCUCUAGACAGCUUCUGUAGCUUUAUACGUUAAAUCUUCACCUCGUUCGGAGACCUCGAGGUUAAAUCCUGACAGCUUUCUGUUCCCGUGUCGAGAACAGCGACGCUAGUCGAUCACAGACGUCCGUAAGUCGCGUAUGGCGUCUCCGCUGAGCGUGUUCAGCCGUGCUGUGACGGUUUAGCAGCGGUUUAGUGAGAUGCGCUGACUUUACACAUCUGUGGAUAAAUAAAUAAAUAAAUAAAUAAAUAAAUAAAUAAGACUACAGAAAUCCAGAACGUAAAUUUUUUCCACCUCUUUUACCCCAUAAUCUCGUUUCACCUCACUGCAUUUCCUCAAGGUUAUUAUGAAAUGGUAAAGCGAGCAUCACAUCAAACACACACUCUCUCUCUCUCUCUCUCUCUCUCUCUCUCUCUCUCUCUCUCUCUGUCUCAGAACGAUUACCUGUGUGAAGCCCUCACCCCUCAAACCACGCAGCUUGAAACUUCAUCAUGCGUUUGUGUUGAUAUGUGCUGUAAAAAUGACUGUUUAUGGUCAGAAGGUGUUGAUUAAUUCUCUAUAUCAGCAGCUCUGACAGUAGCGCAGGUUUAUUUAUAAUGAAUGCGCUUUUUCUGAUACGUUAUCGUUUCUAUAGCAACAGCUCACUCACAGGGACGUGUAGAGCAGAAGCUCUGCUGAUAAUAAACAGAUAAAAACGUGUGUAAUCGCUGAUGUGGUGACGUUUAAAAGAAAGUGAAGUUUAAAGUAAAGAGAUGUUCAUGUAACAUUGAUGGAAGGAGUCUCCAGUGUCAGCGCUUUGUAACAGUCAGAGGUGAAGCUGUAACUUUAAGUUUUCCGACGUCUUCAGGACAGAGUUUACGCUUCUUUGCGGUUUCUCAGUAACGUGCGUAACACGCUGCGAUUAUUUUUCUUAUUAACUUGAAGAGAGAGAAUAAAGAGACGCUGCUGAGGGAACGAGUGUUUAUAGCUGCUAUAACGUAAGCGACAACAGGAACUCACUCGCUUCAGGGAUAAAAAAAAGUGUUUUGUGUCGUUCUUUACUAAAUAAAUAAAUAAUCUGCUGAAAAGUUGCUGUAGUAUAAGAGGAAUAAAACACAAAAGCAGAUCACACCACUCCAUCGUUGUUUGUUUUCCUGCAGCAGCAUGCCCCCGUCAUGUUUUAUUCCUCACUUCAACUCAGAAUAAAACCUAAAAUUUAACCUAAUGAGUGUCAUCCGUUUGUGCUGCACGGAAAUGUUUGUGCUUUAUUGUUUUUUUUAAUUUAUAUAUAACAGAUAUUCCACCUUUAAUACACUGUGAUGUCACUCUCAGCCAUUAAUGUUUAUUGUUAUAUAUAACAGUAAGAUCAUGUAAAAACAAAUCGAAGCAAAUUUUACAGCACAAAUGAACACAAACUGGAUGAUAUUUCAUUUCAGUACAGACAAUACAACAUAACUGCGUUAAAAUCCCUUAGAAAUACACAACCCCAUGUGCUGGAUUUAUCUUUCUAAUAUUAUUAAUAAGCCUCAUUACUGCUGCUGCCUGAUUUUAUUUGCUUUCGUCUGCUUUUGAAAAUUGAAAGACAUUAAAUUAAAAGCAUUUAAACCAGAACUUGAGGAUAAUUUCUCAAACUGAACUACUGAAAAGUCACAAAUAACAGCAAAUACAUCUAAUCCACGUCGUCAUGUUGAGCUUAAUGUCGCUCCUGUGGUGGAAAAGGUGAAUUAAUUUAUUUAUUUAUUUUUAUUUUGGGACUGUGCUAGCGUCCAGAAAGUUGAGAGUUCAGAUCUCAUAAUCAAUUUUUUUUUUUGGGACAAAAGUGUCUGUAAAAGUGAAUUCUAGCAAACCAGCAGCACGUGUUCCUGCAACGCCGAUAUUUCAUCAACGUACGUAUAUAUAUAAAAAAAAUAAAAAGGAAAAAGAUCAAUAUCAGACCACAAUCAAUGUUUUAAUUAAGCACCUUUAAUUAAAAGGCUGAUUAGUUUUUAGAAGUUGAAGUUUUAGAGCCUGAAUGUAGCCUCAGCUUUACAUUAUUCAUCUUUUCCUUCAUCAUUUUUUCCCCGCGUGUGUGUGUGUGUGUGUGUGUGUGUGUGUGUGUGUGUGUGAUUCUAUCUGAGUUUCAAAUCUCAGCCUGUGGAUCCUAAAUGCUAGCCAUAAGCUGAAAAAUGUCUGACGCUGAAGUUUCAACUCGUUUGUGUGAACGUUUCUUUUCCUGGAAUGUUUGAUUAUGAAUAUGCGAAUGAUCUGAAAUGCGAAUAAAACCUCUGGUGUGUUCACAAA